UUGUAUCGUACCGGAGAUCUGCUAGUAAGAGACAGAGCACCAGAACUCAAUCGUCUAAGCUAUUUGUGAACUUUAUGGAUGAUUGUUAUCGCUUUAAGAAAAUGUGAUAAAAAAGUUAACUGCUUUAAUUAUCGGUCGGGUGUUCGCUUAUCAAUUUUUGAUUGUUCAAAUUUAUUUGAUCCUCGUCUCAUUAGAGUAUUACAAGCGAAAUGAUUGUGCUAGAAAAGAUGGAUCUGAAGCAAAAGAACUUUAAGAAAAUUGGACUGAUCUGUGUGGUGGUGCUGGUGUGUGGCAUGGUGUUUAGCUAUGGAAUAUUUCCCGCCAUUUUACGCUUCAUGAUCAAACAGAACGUUUUGCUCAAACCGGGCACCCAGAUACGUGACAUGUUUGAGAAGAUUCCCUUCCCGCUGGAUUUUAGGCUACACCUCUUCAACGUGACGAAUCCGGACGAAGUAAUGCGUGGCGGGAAACCGCGCGUCAAGGAUAUUGGACCUCUUUACUUUGAGGAAUGGAAGGAAAAGUACGAUACGGUGGAUAACGUGGAGGAAGACACCCUUACCUUCACACUGCGCAACACCUGGAUAUUCCGGCCCGACCUAUCCGCACUGACCGGGGAAGAAAUCGUCACCGUACCGCAUCCACUGCUAAUGGGCGUGCUGUUAAUGGUGCAGCGAGACCGCGAGGCAAUGAUGCCGCUGGUGAAGAAGGGUGCCAACAUCAUUUUCAACCCGCUCGAGUCCGCUUUCCUGAAGGUUCGCAUCAUGGAUCUGCUGUUCGAUGGCAUAUUCGUCGAUUGCAGUAGCCAGGACUUUGCCGUGAAAGCGCUUUGCUCCGGCAUGGAUUCCGAGGGUGCUGUUAUCCCGUACAACGAGACACACUACAAAUUUUCGUUCUUUGGAAUGCGCAACCAUACCGAGGCUGGCCGUUGGGUUGUGUAUCGGGGCGUGAAGAACAUUCGUGACCUUGGUCGGGUGAUUUCCUACAACGAUGAAACGGAGAUGGAUAUCUGGGAUGGGGAUGAAUGCAAUCAGUACAUCGGUACCGAUUCCACGAUUUUCCCACCGUUUCUUACCAAGCAGGAUCGGUUGUGGGCCUGGUCGCCGGAAAUUUGUCGCUCCCUUGGUGCGCACUACGUGCACAAAUCGAAGUACGCCGGGCUGCCGAUGAGUUAUUUUGAGCUGGAGUUUGGUGAUCUAAAGAAUGAACCACACAACCAUUGCUUCUGUCGGGACGCACCGGAUGAUUGUCCUCCGAAAGGAACGAUGGACCUGUCACCGUGUCUAGGGGGACCAAUUAUAGGGUCGAAGCCUCACUUUUACGGUGCCGAUCCGAAGCUCAUCGAAGCGGUAGAUGGACUGGAACCGAACAAGGAAGCGCACGAUGUGUACAUUCACUUUGAGCUUGUAAGUAUCGUUGGUGGAUCGCUGUCCCCAUGUCUAAUGGUGCUUGAUUUACAGUUUACCGGAAGUCCUGUGUCAGCUGCCAAACGACUGCAGUUUAGCAUGGAGCUUGGCCCUAUCCGUGACCACGAGGUAUUCGGUCAACUGCCGGAGGUGAUUCUACCAAUGUUUUGGGCUGAGGAGGGUGCAUCACUCAACAAAACCUGGACCAACCAGCUGAAGUACCAGUUGUUCCUGGGGCUCAAGUUUAAUGCUACCGUUAAAUGGCUAACGAUCAUAAUCGGUACGUUCGGGGCGAUCGGGUCGGCUUACAUGCAUUUCCGCAAGGAGUUCAAAACGAGCGAUGUGGCACCGGUCAGCGCAGACACACCGGACACUAAUCCUUCGUCUGCCAAGGGCAAUAACGACGUGGUGAGCGUUUCGCUCGGGAAAAAUCUACCACCCGUCAUCGAUGGACUGGAUAAACCGCCGAAAAUGAUGGCAUCGGAGAUACGGCCAGAUCGAUACUAGAGCGGGGUUGAAGCUAGGUUGAAGCACGCACUAGAUUAUUUCAUGCUGAUAGAAGGCACACAAGAAUGCACUCAGAAUUCUAAACAUUACACAAAGUGCAGGAGUAGGUGAACUUGUCUACGUGUAUAUAAGUCUAUAGAAAGCGUGAAAUUAAAUGAAAAACAACAAAUUUAUUUGAUCUCAAAUAGCGUACAUUAUUUCUCUUGGAAUAAAGAUUCAUUUGGUUAAG